CUGGGAUCCAAGAUGGCGGGGCUUGCACGGUUUUUAGAGGGGAAGAAUUUUCAGAUGGGAGACUUGAACCAAACAGACAGUUGAAUAUUAUCUGCCCCUGAAUGUGGAAGGAGAAGUGUUUCUGUGUUCUGUCUCUGGAAAAUGAUUUCAAACAUCAGUGAGACUGGAAGAGUACAGGGAUAUAUACAUACAUACAUACACACACACACACACACCCAUACCCAUACCCAUGUGAGAAUGUACCAGUGAACUGACUGUGGAAAGAGCUUUAACCAGUUACAUACUCUGAAAAAUAUCACUACGCUCACAGUGGAGAAAACCGUACACGUCUUUUGCCUGCAUGUGGCUUCAACUAAUCAUCUCCCCUGGAGAGACCAAGGAUACCCAGAACAUGGAGAAAGUAUGGAAAUGUGAGGACUGUGGGAAAGGAUUUAGUUACUCAACCCGGUUGGAAAUCCAUCGACGCAGUCACACUGGGGAGAAGCCGUUCACCUGCUCUGUGUGCAGGAAGGGAUUUGCUCGACCUUCCGGCCUUUGUUCACGCCAGCGUGUUCAUGCUGAGGAGAAGCCAUGCAUCUGUCCCAUGUGUGGGAAAGGAUUUACUCAGACAUCUUCUCUCACGUUACACCAGCAAAUUCACACUGAGGAGAGGCCUUUCAGCUGUCCUCACUGUGAAAAAAUGUUCAGGUCUUCGUCUGACCUCAGUCAACACCAGCGAGUUCACACUAGGGAGAAGCCAUUCACCUGCUCCACAUGUGGGAAGGGAUUCUCAAAGUCAUCAAAUUUAGUGACUCACCAACGUGUUCACUCUGAGGAGAAACCGUUCAGCUGCACUCACUGUGAUAAGAGGUUCAAACAUUCACACAGCCUCAAUGACCACCAGCGGGUUCACACUAAGGAGGGGCUAUUCAUCUGCCCUGUUUGUGAGAAGAUAUUCACAAAGUCUCACAAUCUGAUAGCUCACCACCAGAUUCACACAGGGGAAAAACCAUUCACCCGCACUGUGUGUGGGAAGGGUUUCACUGUAUCAUCAGCCCUCAAGUCUCAUGAGCAAAUUCACAAUGGGGAGAAGCCAUUCAGCUGCACUUACUGUGGAAAGUGUUUUAGGCAUUCAUCUGCUCUCCUCGCUCACCAGCAAGUUCACACUGGAGAGAGACCAUUUAUCUGCUCUGUGUGUGGGAAACGAUUCACUAGGUCCUUCAACCUAGCAGCACACGAGUAAAUUCAUAAAUGAAUGCAGGAGGAAGGUUUUACUGUUAUUGUUGCUGUGAAUCGCAUUCAAUCACACCCAACGGUAUUAAGAUAGUUUCCUCUGACAUUAACAAUGCUAUAACAGUCCAGAGAUAAAUUUUCUCAGCAUGUCACUGAUUUUUAAGAUUCAGAUUCCUUUUUUUAAAGAAAUGCCACCUUUAAUCCUUACUCUUAAUUCAAGAACUCUCAUGUGGAACUCGAUCUCAAAAGAAACUUACGAAAUUUUACUUCUGUUGUAAAUUGACCCUUGGCACAAAGUCUAUAGUUGAGUGUCGAAAAGAAUCCACUGAUGAACAACUCCCAGUUAGGAAGUGUUAUUAACUCUUGCUGACUUGCACCUUCAUUACAGUGGCACAUCCAUUUCAAAAUUAAAUUAUCAAGAAGUGUGAAGCAGA